GACGGCAAGAAGGCGACGGCCGGCUCUGGUUUCGCGGUGUCGGUGAAGGCGGCCGGGGAGCUCGAAGAGGAACUGGGCGGGCCGGGCAAAGUCGUCCAGUUGGGAGACCUUGAUCUCUCAAAGUUCUUCGGUGGCGGGGGCCCAGGGAACGGAGAGGAAGGUGAGGAGGAGGUAACCUAUGAAGAGGCGGCCUGUACCUCCUUUUCCGCGGAGAAGGUCUUCGUGGGUCAUUCUCCAGAGCAUGGGGCCAAAUUCGAUGGUAACUCCAUGCUCUUGCACCUAGAGGGCUUGAAGUAUGUCUUUGUAGGCGAGGAAGUCUUUUCUUUUACGGCAAAGUCACCUAUCACAAAGUUCCUCUCACCUGUGGGCAACAACGAUGUCCCUUAUCCUUGGGCCGUGGAUGAAGAGGGAUCUCGAUACUUGUUCACCAUGUCUGUCAUUCUCGCCAGCAAGCUCUUCGAAAACAGUGACACGGAUCCUUGCGACCUCUUCAUCGACGAAGCCCUCAUCACUGCGGACAUCGGCACGGUGCCUCCCACGCAACCGAAGACGCAGUUCCAGGGAAUCACCGAGUGGUGGAUCGGCGAAGAGCAAUUCACGAUGCGGUAUGCUGAAGACCCGGAAGCAGAUUAUGAUCGGCUGGCAGGGCAGGGGGCCUUUUCUGUGGUGAAAGACGGUGCCAAAAUCCCACUUUCCAAAGCAGACUAUGUCAAGUUAAUGCAGGAUUUCGCGGAAGAGAAAGGUUUUCAGCCUCUUCACCGCGAGACGUUGGUUGAGCGGCAGAUCUGA